AUGGAUUUAAAACAAUCAUUGAAAGAUGCAAGAGAUGCAAUCGAUAAGAAAGAUUAUAAGAAAGCAUUAGAGAUAUGCACAGACUCGUUGGAUUAUCACAACAACUUUAAUAUACAUCUCUUUAUGGGUCUAUCGUUAUUCAAUCUCAAUAGAUACCCUGAAAGUGAGAAAUCCUAUCAGAAUGCAUUAUCAUUAACACCUGCAUCACCAUUUCCAUUAAGAGGUUUAAUGGAUGUAUAUACAAAGAGUGGUGAAAAUGAUAAGCUAUUAAAGAUUGUAGAACAAUUGAUUCCUUUGACUACCGAUGAAUCAAAGAAACGUGAUCUUCAAGUCAAAGGAGUUGGAACGAUUGAAUCUGGCGGCAGAGGUGAAGCAGAUGGUAGAAACAAAGAUGAAGGAAAAGUCAAUUCCAAUUCUGAAUCCGGCAAAGCGACAUGUCAUCGGUGCGCCGAAACAUACCGAUCAACAAAGACUAGAGGUGAUUGCCAUUGA